UUGCACUUCACCUGUAACGGAGGUCGUACGUAUUUUAGGGUUUUUGGAUUACAAUUUUUUUUAAUUUUUUUUACUCUUAAAUUUAAAAAGCCAAUGCCUCCCUUCUCCUUCUAUCCUCAUUCUACUUUUCUCAAUCGCAUCUCUUUUUUCUCUCGUUAGAACCAGAGAUUCCAAGUUCUUCACCAAAUUGAAAUCCUAAAAUUUUUUUCUCAUUAGAUUGAAGUAUGAAUUCAACUUCUCUGGACCUUGAUAUCAACUUCCCAUUAUUUUCAAAGAAAAACAAGAGUUUUUCCAAAAAACCUCAAAAAUCACACACUGAUAUCCCUAUACAAAACUCCCAAAUACCCAAUGAACAGCAUCAACAAAUCGAAAAGCAGACGCCGGAUUGUAAGAAUGAAACAUCUUCUACUUCUACUUUUGCUGAUUUAGGACUUUCAGAGUGGGGUAUUAAAACCUGUUCAGAACUCGGAAUGAAGAAACCAACUGAAGUGCAACGAUAUUGCAUUCCUAAGAUUCUCGCGGGAAAUGAUGUUUUAGGUAUUGCAAAGACGGGGACUGGAAAAACCGCUACAUUUGCCUUGCCUAUCCUUCAUCGAUUAGCAGAAGACCCAUAUGGGGUUUUUGCCCUUGUUGUCACCCCCACUCGGGAAUUGGCAUUUCAGUUGGCUGAGCAGUUUCGUGCCCUUGGCUCAUCCUUGCAUAUCCGUUGUGCUGUCAUCAUUGGCGGCAUGGAUAUGAUCACCCAGUCGAAGGCGCUGAUGCAAAGGCCUCAUGUGGUUAUUACUACUCCGGGAAGGAUUAAAGUUUUGCUUGAAGAUAACCCAGAUGUACCCCCAGUCUUUUCCAGAACAAAGUUUCUUGUGUUGGACGAAGCAGAUAGAGUUCUUGAUGUUGGGUUUGAGGAGGAGCUAAGAGUUAUAUUUAAGUGCUUGCCUAAAAAACGGCAAACUUUAUUAUUUUCUGCAACAAUGACCGAUGAUCUAACGGCAUUGCUUGAGUUAUCUUCUAACAAGGCAUUCUUCUUUGAGGCACAUGAAGGCCUUCACACUGUGGAGUCUCUUCGACAACAAUAUAUUACUGUUCCUGAACAUGUCAAGGAUGUAUAUCUUCGAUAUAUUUUAUCAAAGAUGGAAGAUAUGAGUGUUCGCUCAGUCAUUAUAUUCUUCUCUGAAUAUAGGACAUGCCACCGAUUGGCUUUGAUGUUGGAAGAACUUGACUUCAAGGUUGCCGAGCUGAACUCAAUGAUACCUCAGUCUUUAAGACAAGCUUCUGUUCAUCGAUUUAAGUCUGGGAAAGUUCCUAUAUUGCUGGCUACAGGAGUUGUUGAACGUGGGCUAGAUAUUCCGAUGGUGGAUCUAGUCAUACUUUAUGACGUACCAAGGGAUCCUGUUGAAUAUGUUCAUCGUGCAGGACGUACUGCAAGAGCUGGUAGAGAGGGACUUGUGCUGAGCAUUGUAUCAGGGAAUGAUGUGGAUCUUUUACAUGGAAUAGAAGCAACACUGGGUAAGCAAAUGGAGAAGUUUGAAUGUAAAGAAAAAGAGGUGGUUGCCGAUAUGACCAAGGUUACCAAGGCAAGGAGGGUCGCAAAUAUGAAGAUGUUAGAUGAUGGCUUUGAGGAUAGAGUGAAGGCACGCAAGAAGCAAAAACUAGCAGAUAAAAACCAAAAGCGAAAUAGGGCACAAGUCUUGUAGCUCAAUUAGUAAACUACAAUAUUGGAAUUGUUUUAAGAUCUUGAACCCUGUAAUUUAUUUUUUUAUUUACUAACAUUGACCACAGAAUUGCAUUUAAGGCUAAGCUGCAUUUUUGUCCAGCAGCUGUAAUUUGGAUUAGGAGAAUGGAUCGUGAAUUAACAUUGUUAUGGAGUUCUUUAUAAAUAGCAAAGUUUUGGAUAC